AUGACCACCAAAAAAGAGAUUCAGGUGCUGCUGCGAUUUCUCUCCCAAGAUGCGAGAAUACCGCUUCCAACGGCUAUGAGCAAGAUUAAGGAGCUACAGAGCGCCAACCUCACAAGGCAAGACUCAGACUCUCUUGCAAAGUCAUCCAUCACAGCUAUCCAGGCUAUAUUUACAGAUGAGAAGCUCGCAAAGCAAGUAUUGAGUGCUGCCAAAAGAAUCACCAAGAAGAGAGGGAGGGAGCCUGGAGACCCUUCUUCGGAAUCACCAGCCAAGCGCAAGAAGACCGUAUCUACGGGAGACGUUGCUACUCCAGCUGCGAUCGAAGAGUCUCUGGCCCUCCCUAAAUCCGAUGCUGACGAGGAAGAGCUGGCGAAGAUUAUUGUACACACCAAUCGAGCCCCACUAGUCUUGGCGUUUGCGACCAAGUUACUGGAAUUCACAAUGCCAUCCCAGCCGUUAUCCUCCCGACUAAGCCUGGCUCAAGCAGUCGUAAGCGUGAAUGCAAGGACUAAAGCCCUCAGCUUGGGCAUAGAGAAGGGGACUAGUGCUGAAAACGAUGGCUGGGGCCAAGGGCAGCCCAAAAUUCGUGUAAUGGGAAGGAGUAUUAGAGUUAUGAAGCGAUGGGGUUACGAGUGGAAGGAGAAACCUGAGGCGGCAGGAAAUCUGAAAGAGACCUCAGAUGCUAUGGACAGUCAAAAGACUUUGAAGCAAGACAGCGAAGCCGAUGAUGAGCCAGCACUGUGGGGCCUUGACCUCGAAGCUUUGCGUUCCUCUAAUGGUCCGCUGGUCUCUGGUGCGCAGGGUGCGGAAGGUUCCGGCUUGCCCAUCUACACUGCUCAAUCCGCAAGAGCGUAUCUGCUUAAGUCGUUUGCCUCGGUACCGUCUCCAACGGACGAAGCAUCGUCGCCAAAGAAGAAGUCUGCAGCCAUGCUAAAAGUGGAAAAACAAUGGAACCUAGGCCUGGUCCUACGGGCAUUGGAUUUAGUGUUCCAAUCUUGGGCACUCUUGGACCGCGAAGAGCUCGACAAGAGAGCGUGGGCUUGGUACGUAGCCGUCAGACCGGAAGUCGAGAAUGGUGUUGCGGGAUGGGGAGGGAAGGGAGAGCAGAUGGAGAAGCUCUGCAUCUGGGGAAACCACCAGAACCGCGAGUUCCUUGAUAUAAGCGGAGGCCAGUCCGAGCCUUCUAAAAUAGGUCCAAGGCCAAUCCCAAGCGCUCUUGCUCCAGAUGUUGGCCACUUCUACUUUCUGUUCGAUAGCGGUAAGAAUCUCUUCUUGCGCUGCCGUCCUAUGCGAACAACAAUCUUUGUGCCAAUAUUCCCAUCUGAGCAGAGCAAUGGAGGCGUUGCAAUUUUUUUUCAGGAAAUGAAGAUCUUCUUGCACUCGGAUGAGAAUCCAGAGACUACUGAUGAUACCGUGAAGGAAAUACCGGAUGAGCUAAGGUCUCACUUAUCGAAGAGUCCAGAGCUAAGCUACCUCUCGUCAUGGAAACAUCUACCUCAAUUACAUGCGGGAUUUGCCUGCAAAAGGAACGUCACUUGA